CUCACUCUCAAAUGGAUAUCUUCACCCGAUACUCAGACCCUCAUCCAUUCGGGUGUCCGACUGAGAACCCGGAGAGCGCUUCUUCCUUGUCCGACGCCGGCCACCACUCGGACGAAGAAGUUUUACUGGCUUCCAGCAAGCCCAAGAGGCGCGCGGGGAGGAAGAAAUUCAAGGAGACGAGGCACCCUGUGUAUCGCGGGGUUAGGAGGAGGAACAACAACAAGUGGGUUUCCGAAAUGCGGAAGCCCAAUGAGAAGACAAGGAUAUGGCUUGGGACCUACCCGAGUGCUGAGAUGGCAGCGCGGGCGCAUGACGUGGCGGCUUUGGCGCUUAGAGGAACCUCUGCUUGUCUCAACUUCGCCGACUCGGCUUGGAGUUGUCGCGUGCCGGCUUCGACGGACGCCGGGGAGAUUAGGAGGGCUGCAGCGGAGGCGGCGGAGGGCUUCCGGCCGAGUCAUGAUGAUCAGUUGGUUGAGAAGGAUUGCGGAGAGAGAGUUUUGGAUGAUGAUCAUCAGCAAGAAAGUGUGAUGUAUAUGGAUGAGGAGGCUGUGUUUGACAUGCCUGGAUUGCUGGUGAAUAUGGCGGAAGGGCUGCUUCUAUCUCCUCCUCAGUACUGUUUAGAGGAUGACAUGGAAAGGAAUGUUGAAGUUUCUUUAUGGAGUUUCUCAAUCUAACAAUAGA